AUGGAAUGGUUUGGAGAGAGGGUGCGAACCCCGUACCAGGCGACGGUGCACGAAAGGACGUCGGCGGCAUAUCCCGAUGAACGUUCGGCAUCUGACAACACCAGAGAGCACCCGCGUGCACAAUCUCAACCGCCCCCAGAUGCCAGGCAUGGGCACAGACGAUAUAAGCCACGAACAUGUCGGAUCUGCCUGGACUCAGUGGAACCAAGAUUUCCUCCCAACUCGUCCCAGUCGACCAAGCCAACCUACGUGUCCGACGACCCUGAGCUUGGAAAAUUGCUGUCCCCGUGCAAGUGCAAGGGAUCGCAAAAGUACGUCCAUGAGGGGUGCCUCAAUGCUUGGCGCCUAUCGAACCCUACUGCCAAGAGGAACUACUGGCAAUGCCCGACGUGCAAGUUUUCCUACCGGCUGGUUCGCCUCCAUUGGGCCUCGAUGCUAAGCAGCACAUGGGCCCAAGCCGGCCUGACGGUGGUGAUUCUCUUGACGAGCAUCUUCUUCCUGGGUUUCAUGGCAGAUCCGCUUCUCAAUCUCUGGUUCGAUCCUGUCGGUACCGUCACCGAUGCCGUUACGAGCGUGGUCACAGAUAUUGAAGCGUUACGGGAGCCAGACUGGGAACCACCGACAACGUGGACCGAACACUUUGUCAAGGGCUUCUUCUCCCUCGGUCUUGUUGGCAUCUUCAAGUCCAUGCUGGCCCUUUCACCUUGGCACUGGUGGAAUCUGCGUAGCAUGACGGGAACCGGCAGACGCCAGGGCACUGGAAGGGCCAGAGUGGAGAACAUCAGUCUCCUUUUCGUUCUCAUGGGAGCCUUUACCACUCUCGUGGGGAUUUGGAAAGGCGUCAGGAAGUUGAGUGAACGUCUGCUGAAGAAUGUGAGUGAGAGGGUCCUGGACGUGGACGGCAACGACGGUGAUGCCGACGAAGACGACGACGACGGAAUACCCGAAGCGAAGAAGGAUGAAUGA